GUUCCCUGCUGUGAGAUUUCUAGUGCAUUGGACAAAAAGAAAAUUACACCCACUGUGUUCUAUAGGCUUCACUCAUGAGUUGAUGAGUCAGGGUUUCUCUGAGAGGGCGGGGUCAGAGGCUGGUGCUUUACAUCGGUGGGGUAUAAAAGGGAAAGGUUCAGCCGUGGUUGACAGGCAGCUCGAGAGCAACAGCUACAACACAUCACCAGCCAAGAUGAGCAACACUGGCAUGAACAUGAGGGGCAAGAUCAUCUUCUACGAGGACAGGAACUUCCAGGGCCGCUCCUAUGAGUGCAUGACCGACUGCUCCGACAUGUCCUCCUACCUGAGCAAGUGUCACUCCUGCAGGGUGGAGAGCGGCUGCUUCAUGGUCUACGACCGCACCAACUACAUGGGCAACCAGUACUUCAUGAGGAGGGGCGAGUACUCCGACUACAUGAGCAUGAUGGGAUGGAGGGACUGCAUCCGUUCCUGCCGCAUGAUCCCCAUGCACCGUGGCUCCUACAGGAUGAAGAUCUACGAGCGUGAGAACUUUGGCGGUCAGAUGUACGAGCUGAUGGACGACUGCGACAACAUCAUGGACCGCUACCGCAUGAACGACUGCAUGUCCUGCAACGUGAUGGACGGCCACUGGCUGAUGUACGAGCAGCCUCAGUUCAGAGGCAGGAUGAUGUACCUGAGGCCUGGAGAGUACAGGAGCUUCAGGGACAUGGGCUGGAGCGGCAUGAAGUUCAUGAGCAUGAAGCGCAUCACGGAUUCCUGCUAUUGAGAAGACAAACCGUUAAAAUGUUGAGUAAAUCAAACGUUUGCCACACAUAACAUCUGUGGCCGAGAUGAUGGACUAUUUUUAUUUAACAAAUAAAAGCUCAUGAAAAUGUAUUACAUUUGUUGUGAAAUUCUUUGGCACAUUUCAUUGAUAUGUUAAACAAGCACAAAUCCACC